UUGAAACUCCAGCUAGUAAGUCAGUUUUAUUAUUUAUAAUAAUUUUAUAAUAUUUAUAUAUAAUUAUACAAAUAUAUUUUUCCUUUGUUUUUUUUUUUUAAAUUGUUUUGGGAAAAAAAAAAAUAUAUGUAUUUAUAAACUUUGUUUUUUUUUUUUUAUUAUUAUUUUUGCUAAACACUGUUAUCACUGGAUUUUUUUUUUUUUGAUAUAUAAUCAACUACGGGACAUCUGGUGAGGGUGUUGACCAGCCAGUGCUUUUUGAUAUCAUCUCAUCGUUAGAAAAAUGACAAACGUGAAUGAUGUUUAAUUGACAAAAACAUUUUGCUUGAAAUGGCCCAAAACGUUUCAGUGUUUUUGGGCAUAUGGAGUAUUUUUGUACUCGUAUUAAUACAAGAAUCAAGACCUUACAGUUGGGAUGAAUGGUGGACAUACGAUGGUAUAUCUGGACCAGCAUUUUGGGGUUUGAUUAAUCCUGAAUGGUCAUUAUGUAAUAAAGGACGUAGACAAUCACCAGUUAAUUUAGAACCAAAAAGAUUACUUUAUGAUCGUAAUUUACAACCAUUACAUGUUGAUAAACAUAGAGUUGAGGGAGUACUUAAUAAUACUGGUCAUGGUAUUGUUUUUACUGUUGCAAAUGAUACAAGACAUCCAGUUAAUAUAUCUGGUGGACCACUCAGUUAUCGUUAUCAAUUUCAAGAAAUACAUUUGCAUUAUGGACUAUUUGAUAAUCGUGGAAGUGAACAUACUGUUGAUGGCUAUGCAUUUCCAGCUGAAAUACAAAUAUUUGGAUUUAAUUCCCAGCUUUACAACAAUUUUUCUGAUGCACUGCACAGGCCCCAAGGAGUUGUAGCUGUUUCACUACUUUUACAAAUAGGUGAUCAGUCCAAUCCAACAUUAAGACGUUUUCUCGAUCGACUCAACGAAAUAAAAUACAACGAUGAGGAGAUUCCAAUUCAACCGUUUUCCGUGCGAGAACUUAUGCCAGACACGAAACACUACAUGACGUAUGAGGGCUCCAUCACGAUGCCAGCAUGUCACGAGACCACAUCGUGGAUUAUUCUCAACAAACCAAUAUACAUAACAAAGCAGCAGCUCAUCUCACUUAGAACACUCAUGCAAGGUGACAAACGACACUCAAAAGCACCACUCGGAAAUAAUUUUAGACCCACGCAACCACUUCAUCAUCGUCCAGUCCGGACAAAUAUUGAUUUUAAUAUUCAGGAUCAUAACAAUAAGAACUGUCCAACAAUGUACCGUGACAUUUAUUAUAAAGCCAACAGUUGGGAAUAGCCUAAUUUAAAAUGGAAUUACUAAAUAGAUUCUGUUUGUACUACUACUACUACGCUUUUCCAUGAUAAACUGUGGAACAUUUGUUGUAAAAAAAAAAAAAAUUAUUGAAUAUACAUAACAAUUAUAUAUAUUUAAAAAAAAAAAAAAAAAAAAAUUGACAUAUCAAUGCGCGCGAAGAAUAAAAGAGGAUUGCGGAAUUAAAAAAGGAAUUUAAAAAAAAAAAAAAUGUUUUUUUUUUUAUUAAAUAAUUGAUAUUAAAUAAUUGCGCUACUGUGGGGUCAAAAAAAUGCUUUGUUGUAUAAAUUAUUAGACCUGAAUUGCCAAGUGUUUACAGAUAAAAAAAUUAAAAAAAAAAAACAAAUUUAAUAAAAUAAAAUAGACACUUAUGUACUAAAAUUUUACUGGAAAACACACGAUAAUCUAUAAUAGUUAAUUAGUUGAAUAAAAAAAAAAAAUAAA